AUGGCCGACAUUGAUAAAGAAUCAUGGAGUAGUUCUAAAGAUGAAACCAGUAUUACGGUUGAAAAUGGACAAGUCAGAACUCCUGAUGUCUGUGAUUUACCUAAAGUUAGAUUAAGAACCAGUAACACAGAAAGUAAUGAUAUCACUCUAGAUAUUACCUCCAGUAUAGGACCAUUUGAAAGGUCAGCUCAGUUUAUUGCAAAACCAGAAAAUGUCAUAGAAGCUCAUAGAAUCUCUAAUAAUUAUUUGUUUGGUUUUAAAAAAUGGAAGAGUCAUGUGACGGCUCGACCUCUAUCCUCUAGAUCAGAAAUUGUUCAAGAUUUGUACUCAGAUGAUUAUAAAAUCAAAAAUGUGUCAACUAUAAGAAUAUCUAAUAUAUUAUACACUGUAUUUAUUGGUUGGUGGCUAGCUUUGUUAUAUUUAUUAGUAGCUGGGUUAAUGUUGAUUACUAUAGUUGGACGACCUUAUGCCUAUUUAUGUUGGAAUCUGUCAAAGUACUUCCUCUGGCCGUUUGGCAAAUUUCUUCACCAGAUUCAUCCAAUACCACUACAUAUUGUCGCCCAGGUCAGCUUUCAGGAGAACGAUAAUAAAGACUUGAAUGAAAGAUCCACAUUACUUGGUGUCAAUGAUAUUAAAACAUCUGAAAAACCUCACAAUAUAGAGCAGUCUCAAUAUUGGCGAAGACCACUUACAUAUUUAUGGUUCUUAUUGGGUAUUCCUUUUUUAGUUAUUGGACAUUCAAUAGCAUGUUUUUUAACAUGGAUGUUUGUUGUUUCUAUUCCCAUGGCCAAGGUCAAUUUAAAAGCAAUGAGAAUAAUAUUAUUUCUACCACCAGAACAAGUCACGGUUCAUACAGAAGCCAUUGUAGAUUUGGAUUCAGAAAGAUUACACAGUGAAAUAUUAUUAUACACCCACCAAUCUAUGAAUAUAUAUUAUUAUAAAUUUACUAUUGAUGGUGUUAAUGUUAUAUUAAAAUGUAUAUUAGCUAUUCUUGCCAUUAUACCAUUAACUUAUUAUAUUGGCCUCUCCAUUACUAGUAUAUCAGCUCAAAGUAGUUUUGCUGUAGGUGCUAUAUUGAAUGCUACGUUUGGAUCUAUAGUAGAGAUAAUAUUGUUUGUGAUUGUAUUAAAGAAAGGUGUUGAUACAGAUAAAGGUUGUUAUCAAGAACUAGUCAAAUCUUCCUUAGCAGGAACUAUUUUAGCCAGUAUUUUAUUCAUUCCUGGAGUAUGUAUGAUAGUGGGUGGUAUUAAAUUUCGUACUCAGAAUUUUAACCCAAGAUCAGCUUCAGUUAGUGCUGCCUUGUUGUUUGUUUCUAUAGUAGGUAUAUUUGCUCCGACUAUAUUUUCUAAGAUUUAUGGUGAUUUAACGUGUAAUCGUUGUGAGUAUGUGAAUCAAACAGAUAUUAAUGGUACUUCUAACGCUACUGUUGGUUUUAAAUGCGAUGAUUGUAAACAAUCUUUGUUUGGUUUAGAUGGAGAUAAAUCAUUAUAUGAGAAACAUAUAGAACCAUUGAUCUAUGCUUGUGCUAUAGUUUUACCAAUAUCAUAUAUAGUGGGUUUAAUAUUCACCCUGAAAACACAUUCCUCACAUAUCUAUGAUGCCUUUAAUGAACAACUUAAAGCCACGUCCACAGCACUUGAAGAAUCAGCUCAAUGGUCGAGAUUAAAGAGUACUAUUAUAUUAUUAUUCUGUGCAGUAUUAAUAGCAUUGUGUGCUGAUUUAGUAACUAAUAAUCUACAACCAUUGUUAGAGAGUACAGGUGUAUCCGAGUAUUUUGUUGGUGUAACAAUGUUAGCUUUAGUACCUGAAUUACCAGAGGUAGUCAAUGGUGUUCAGUUUUCUUUACAAAAUAAUGUCAAUCUUGGGUGA